AUGAGUUCUAAAGCAGAAACGAGUAAGAAUAUCAACAAAGGUGCACAAAAUACAGACAAACAGAAUACAGCAGCAAAUAAAGAUAAAAAUGAAACAGAAGUUUCGAAACAAACAGGAAAUUCGUUCAAGUCACAACUGAAAAGUAUUCGUCGAUCAAUGGGUAAUCAAGGUGGUUCUAUCACAAACUACAAUCCUUCAUUACCACCACGAUUUACAGAAUAUGCGACUCUUGUUGCCAUGCAUAAACUCGGAAUUACAGAACAAUAUCUUCAAUAUCCAACAGAUUCAUCGCUUAAUACAUAUUCUACAGAUGCCGAGUGCAGAGCGUAUGCUAAACGUGAAUUAUGUGCUAAUGUUGACAAAUUAAUCCAACAAGUCAAAGAAGAACGCGAAAAAGUACUUAACUCCGAAAACAACAAAACGCAAGAAACUACAACAACAAGUACGGUUAACGAUGUUGUCAUUUCAGUUAACGAUCAAGCUUCAUUAGAUGCUCUUGAGCGUCGACAAAAGAAAGAAGUCGAACAACUCAUCAUUGGCGCUAUCAGCAUCAACCAUGCUAACGAAGCCGCCAAGAGUCGAGAGCAGAAAGAACUCGAACGGAAGAGAAAACGUGAACUUGAAAUUCAGAAGACAAAAGAACAAGAAAAAGAACGAAUUAAGAAACGUUUAGAAGAACAAAGCGAGAAAGAAGCGAAACGACGCCAGGAAGAAGAAGAACUUGCCAAGAAAUCAGAAGAACAACAAAGAGAAUUUGAAAGACGUUUGGAAGAAGACCAAAAACGAAGACAAAAACAACAACAAGAAGAAGAGAAGAAACGUCAAGAAAAGAUGGCCAUUGUUCAAAAGAAAAUACGUGAUAUGGAAGAAGAAAGAAGAAAGAAACUGGAUGAAAAACAAAGUGAAUCAGAAGAAAGAGAGAAACAAAGACUUCUCAAACUUGAAGAAGAAAGAAAGAAACAUGAAGAAGAAAGUAAGAAACGAGAAGAACAGACUAAAGCAAUUCGUAUGAAAAUUGAAGAAAAAAUGCGUGAAGAACAAGAAAAGAAAAUCAAAAAUGCUGAAGAAAAAGACAAGAAAGUUCUCGAGAACAUUGCAAAAGCAGAAGAAAAAAGAAUCCAAAUCCAAAAAACAAUGUCAGAAAAAGAAAAAUCUAAACUUGAAAAAGUGACAAUUGCACGUCAAAAAGUCAUUGAACAACGAAAUGAAAUGGAACGGAAACUUACUGAAUCAGCACUCCAAGCAGAAGCACGAGUUAAGAAGAUCGAACAUGAAAGACUUGAAAGAGCAAUGGCAGCUGUUUCAGGAGUUACAGACAGAUCUGCAAAGAUUGCAAGUAAAUUAGAAAAACAAAGACAAGAAGAAGAACAAAGAGCUCAAGAACUAGAAAGAAAGAUGUUAGAAGCAGAAGCAAGAGCUAAAACUCUUCAAUUGCAAUCAAAGAAGCAGAUGCUCCAUAACUCCGUGAAACUUCGUGUUUCUAACGAGAUAAAGACACAACAAGCGGCCAUCAAUGAAAGAAAGAGACAAAACGAAAAAGAAGAACUUCGUAAGAAAGUUGAUGAAGGAUUACAGAGAAUAGAAGCUGAACAACAAAGGAAAGAAGAAGCAAAGAUGAGAAGAGAAAGACUUAAACUACAAUUGAGCCAAGAAAGACGUAAGAUGGAAUCACAAAUGGAGAUAUUAAAGAGAGCAACAGCUGAUGAAGAUGAUCUGAGAAGAAUUGCAACUGAAUUCGGUUUGGAUUACGAAGAUUUAAAGAGAAGAUACAACGAAAGAAAGACUGUUUCUUCAAUUUUACCGGCUAAAAGGAAUGAUCAGGCACAAGAGGAUGAUAAGACAUCACAAGCUGCGAUGUCUUCACACUCUGCUGCUAGUAAUACUAAGGAAGCUUCAUCAAGAAAGAAAUAA